GUCCGAGGAGCAGCUGCUGCGUGACAGUCUGUCCGACCAGUGCGGAGGUUUGUUGACACCCGGAGCUCUCGGCUGAACUUUGCCUCAUUGGCUUGACGCUCCCUCCUCCUGCUCCUCCUCCUCCUCCUCCUCCUCCUGCCCGGGGUCUCCUCCGGGGAAAGCUGCACGUCCUUCAGCGUGUCGCCUGGCUGGAGUUUGUUUGGAGGUGUUUACAGAAAGUCAGAUCCAGGUGAGCGGAGGUGCACGAUGCUCAGAGCUGAGGGAGCUGCUGCUGUGAAGCUGUUAUUCCUGUGCCUGCAGGUCUGAACCUCAGCAAUGUCAGGCGACACGGUGGUCCGGAGGGGUCUGACCUGGAUGAAGCAGGCGGCUGGCAGGGUCACGGGGAACCAGAGGGUGGCAAACUUCCAUCAUCGUGCUGCAAGGGAGACACUGAAGAAAGACAUCCAUGGAGUCACAGCGCGCAGAUAUUCGACGAUGGGAGCUGGUUUCAGUGCCUGUUUCAUGGGAGGUGUAAAUGGCGAGCAGGGGACCUGCAGCACUAAGAAGUACCACAGAGACUGGUCGAGCCGUCCGUUCUCCGGACACACGAGGAUGUUCAACCAGGACAACUCCCCGGUGGGGCGGCUGACGUCGGAGGACAUCGACAAAGCGAGAAACGGCAAGAAAACAGACGUCAAGCAGCAUAAGCAAGUGCUGAGUGACAGAUCCAGAGAGAGGAAAGUUCCCGUCACACGGAUAGGAAGGCUGGUGAAUUUCGGAGGUCUGGCGGUCGGACUCGGCAUCGGGGCGAUCGCCGAAGUGGCAAAGAAGAGUUUAAAACUGCAACCACAAGGUGAUAAGAAAGCCAUCCUGGACUCGAGCGCUUUCCUCUCUGAAGCCAACGCUGAAAGAAUCGUCCGGACACUCUGCAAAGUCCGAGGCGCCGCGCUGAAACUCGGACAGAUGCUCAGUAUUCAAGAUGACGCCUUCAUCAACCCCCAGCUGGCCAAAAUCUUCGAGCGCGUUCGACAGAGUGCGGACUUCAUGCCUCCUAAACAGAUGAUGAAAGCCAUCAGCAGCGACCUCGGCCCCAACUGGAGGGACAAGCUGGAGUACUUUGAGGAGAAGCCGUUUGCGGCGGCGUCCAUCGGUCAGGUGCAUUUGGCGAGACUGAAGGACGGCAGAGAGGUCGCCAUGAAGAUUCAGUACCCCGGAGUGGCCAAGAGUAUCGACAGUGACGUGAAUAACAUCAUGACUGCUCUGAGUUUGAGCAACGCGCUGCCUGAAGGUCUGUUUCCUGAACACCUCAUCGAGGUCAUGAGCCGUGAGCUGGCGCUCGAGUGUGAUUAUAUAAGAGAGGCGAAAUGUGCCAAAAAAUUCCAGGAGCUGCUGAAGGAUCACCCGUUCUUCUAUGUGCCCGACGUGAUUGACGAGCUGAGCAGCCAGCACGUCCUCACCACGACGCUGGUGCCCGGUUUCCCCCUGGACCAGGCCACCGACCUCUCUCAGGAGCUCAGGAAUGAGAUCUGUGAGCAGAUCCUAAAGUUAUGCAUGAGAGAGCUCUUUGAGUUCAGAUACAUGCAGACGGAUCCCAACUGGUCCAACUUCUUCUUUGAUCCACAAGCUCACAAGGUGGCGCUGUUGGAUUUUGGAGCCACGCGAGGAUUUGAUAAGAGUUUCACUGACAUCUACAUCGAGGUUAUUAAUGCAGCUGCAAACCAGGACAGAGAAGGAGUCCUGCAGAGAUCCAGAGACAUGAAGUUCCUCACAGGAUACGAGUCAAAGGCGAUGGAGAGCGCCCACGUGGACGCCGUGAUGAUCCUCGGGGAGGCCUUCUCCUCCUCCGAGCCCUUUGACUUCGGAGCUCAGAGCACCACCGAGCGGAUCCACAGCCUCAUCCCCGUGAUGCUGAGGGAGCGACUCACGCCGCCUCCCGAGGAGACGUACUCCCUCCACCGCAAGAUGGGCGGCUCCUUCCUCAUCUGCUCCAAACUCAAAGCUAAGAUAGCGUGUAAGAACAUGUUCCAGGAGGCCCACGGCAACUACUGGAAGGACGGACGGACUGAAGCUGGAGUUUGAAACCGGGAGCUUCUGUUUGUGGCAUGCUGAACAAUUGAACUGACACAUUCUGACCUGUGAAGAUGUUUUUUUUACUCAAACAUGACAAAAACUGUCGAUCAGAAAAAUGUCUAACUCGUAUUCCGUCGCUCAUCUCGACCAGACUAACAUGAAGACGUGUGCAGAUUAUUCGUACGUACUGUUAACUUGUACAACUUAAUAAUUAUGUGUCUGUAUGUUUUUGAAUGUCCAGGAUUUGAAAUAAACUGACUGAUUGCAAAAAGAAA